AAGCGCAGUCAUAGGUAUCAUAUGGAAAAGCUAUAGUACGGCCCCCGAAUGGUCCCCCGAAAUUUCGAUGUGCUCGCAGUUUUCGGCUAAUGCUCACAUUCUCGCGCAAUUUUUUCCGCCUAAAAAAGCUCGGUCUCGCAUAAAAAACGGGGUGCUCGCAAGUGCUCGCAAAAGACCAUUCCGGGGCCCUCAUAGUAUAAGAAAUUACCCACUUUUUGGCCGCCAAGGGUGUACGCGCAUGUGCUUUCUUGGUUAAAAUGUUUUGCCUUGCUUCAUGGUAUUAAACCCCAAAAAGUUUAAAACUCUUCGUCUGUCAUGCAAGUGUUGACGUCAUUCACGCGUAUGUGUGUAUAAGCGAACUUUGCGGCUGUUUACAAGUAUCGCUCUUUUUUUAAUAGAGAAUGGGUUAUUCAACUCGUGAUGACUCGGUUUUCAAGGAAAUAGCGGAUAUUCUUCGUAAAUUUUCAAUGCCCGUUUGUUUGAUUUGAAAAUUAAUUGUGAGUCAACAAUUUGCUGUAGUCAAGCGUAUUUGCUGUUUAAAUGUGGAGCAAUUAAGGCGAUGUGAACGGCGGUAAGGUAGUAACAUGCGCGAGACACUCAGGCGCGAUGUUCGUAUCUAUGUAAAAUUAUCCAACAGGGAACAGGAAAAACAAAUUUUCGAUGUCAACGAAUACCACGUAGAUGGCAGACUCAAGUUUUGCGCUAGAUUGUGUUAAAAUACAUUUGAAAAUUUCCACCGUAAACAAUGGCCUCGUUUAUCACGUUCUAAACAUGUUAUCAGUUAACAUUUACGCGCUCUGAUUGGCUACUCCGCCACAGAAAAUAAAAUGGCGCUGAUGUCACCAGUCUGUCUCUUUACCGUCAAUGACGUCAUGAGCGAUUAGCGACGUUUUAUUUACAAGUGGAAAACUUAAUGCACGACAUCUUUGAUUGGCUGAUUUGAUUCUGAAGGAAACAAAUCCUGGCUGCCGCCAUAUAUGGUGUUCUUGAGUAUGACGUCAUCAGGAUGAUAUCAUCAUACGUGCCUAGGUAAAGGGCACCACGGCAUUAGCGACCAAGUCUUCGUGAUAAGCCACUUGCAGUAACGAUGUUUUUGUAUCUCCGUUGGGAAUUACGCGUAAAUUUACGUGUUGCAUUCGUUAGUGAAAGUAAAUCAAUUUGUCUUACGCGGAAGAAUCGGCGGUAAAACGCGGGAAAUUGGCUCAAUUAGUCGCAUCUGUUCGCUUUUGUGAUUCUUUGUAGACUAGGUAUAAAUAGGAGCAUUAUUUCGGAUCAACAGUCCGAACGAAUAAAAACACGAGUAUCAUACAUACAAGCCAUCGCCGUUUAUAUAAUCGCCACACCUGCUAGGCAUAGAUCAAUCUGCGGAAAGAGUAGAAAGUGAGCAGGUUUACCAGCCCCUGAUUGAAUCCAGGGAAUGAUGUAUUCGUGCGGUCUAUAAAUAGAUGAACGUCACCGCUAACAAAGACAGGAAUAGCACCUUUCCAUUUCCCAUAAUGCCCCGGGCGCUUGAUUUGCCGACGCUGCUCCCAUGGGCCCUUGCAUUCUCCCUAGUGGCAGUGUUCGUCGUCCUUGGCAACAGUCUGGUCAUCAUCUGCUUCAUCAAGAAGAAAGCCCUGCGUACGCAUACAAACUACUUCAUCGUAAGCCUGAGCGCCGCUGACUUGUUCGUGGGCGUCAUCUCCGCACCCUGGUGGAUUGUACUUAUGUUUGUGAACUACCAUUCCGAAGGCUGGUUCAAGCUGCUUCACAAUGUGUGGUUGGUGUUCGAUAUCCUAGGAGGCGUAGGCUCAAUUCUUCAUCUUAUAGCCCUCAGUUGGGACCGCCUGUGUGCCAUCGUGUGGCCGCUGAACCAUCGCAUGUAUUCCAGCAGGCGCUAUCUUUUCUCGGUUUUUCUCGUCUGGGGUAUCUCGAUUACAGUGGGAGUACUGUCUGUGGUUGGAAAAUAUGAGCCUUUGGCUUACAACGUGACAGUCAUCGCUUUGUUUUUCUUUCUUCCUCUCAUCAUAAUUUGCAUCACGCAGAGCGUUAUUGUGUACUUCACUCGAAAGAAACUCUUCAAUCAAGGAACUCUCCAAACAAAGCUACGCAAGGAUAUUAAGGUUGCUAAAACAAUUGGCAUCAUGAUCGCGAUAUUCGUGAUCGGAUGGCUCCCUUUCUUUGCGCUCUCACUCGUGUCGUACACCAGUACGUCUUCGGACAUACCCUGGCACGCGGUUUUCGCUGUUAAGCUCCUGCAGUACGGCAACUCAGCGGCUAACCCCGCAUUGUAUGCGCACAAGUUUCCACAUUUUCGAAAAGCUUACGCAACGAUACUUUGUUCGUGCUUUCCCGUACAAAAACUCGUGCGCCCUCUCAGAAGCUUCAGCUCGAGGAUAAGUCGUUCCACCAUGACGUCAUCGAUCCAUGCUUCCUUUUAUGGUAGUGUCUAUAAGGGAUGUGGAACGAGGGAUUUGGAAAAACACAAUCAUAACCCGGUGAUUCCCCAUCUUGAUCACCUGCAGGGUCUAAGGACGGCCUCGAAACUCCAAUGUAACAACAUAAAGAAAACAAAGUUAGAGGAAAUCGAGGCAAUUACAGCAAAAGCGCCGUCUUCGCACGCUUCACCUGUUAUGUCGGAGGCUCCGCUUGACGAUGAUGCAGUAUUCCUGUGUGGCUCACCAACACCGAUGGCGGAAAAAGCUGUAAAUGUUUUGGACACUUCAGACGAGAAGUCUACUCUAUUUGUUGAUGUACAUUUGCAAACUCAUAGUUCGUAGACAGUCUAUGAAAAUCGUCGGAUUCAAAUAAUUAUGCCUAGUGCACACUAGGUACAUAACAACAUAGGCGCGCGCACUCUUUGGGGCCGACAUAACGACAUGGACUUAAUGACAUAAAAGUAAAAACAUGUUUUUUUCUGUUAUGUCGUUAUGUUCAUGUUGUUAUGUUGGGCUUAUGUCAAAAUGUCGAACCAUUCACACUUGAACAUAUAAACAUAAGGGAGCACGCGCCUAUGUCAUUUUGUCAUUAUGUCACUAGUGUGCACCAGGCAUUACUGUAAUUUUCCCAUAUACUGCGAACUCUCGUCGCUAAACUGCUCUCUGCCAACCGUCACUCAAACUAACGGAGUUCCUUUGGUACUUUAUGAUUGUUCAAAGGCUUGCAGAGAGUUGGCAUAAUUGCGAUCAAUUAAGAUGUUGGAAAUCGUCAACAAGCGUUCGCACAAAGUUGAAAAUCACAGUAAUGCGAGGACAGUUCUCUCUAUUAGCCUAGUGCAAGAAGCGCCAACAUUUUUAUCAAGGCUACCCUUUGUUGACCGCAAGACAAAGUAAAUGUUAGCGAACUGCCAUUUCGUCUCCUAACAUGAUGCACAAACGAAUUUAUGUUCUUUUUAAAGAUCACAAAUGAUUAAAAUUAUUUCUAGAGGCGUUAAAUUUGUAGAGAGGUGGAAAGUCUUGCAGGUAAUAACUAGAAUUUGUAGAGAAAUAGUACCUUUGGUAGAUAGUGUAGAGUUCCACCGUACACAGAUAUCUCAGUUUAUAAACGAGCUAAACGGUUUAAAUAUGUUUUAAUGUAAAUAGGUACAAAGUACGUUUGUAGAGGAUGUACUCCUGCUAUAUAGAUAAGAGAUCAG